GCCACCCGGGGGGACCGAGGGCGGGCGGAGCGGUUCUGUGCCGCGCCGCGCGGCGCCCGCGGCCAAGUUGUGAGGAGUCCGGAGGGGGACCCACACUCCGACCGCCUUCAAAGCGCUUGGGCAUCGGCUGGCAGACUGGUGCAUCCGAGCAGCGCGUGGCGAUGAUCCCCAAAGAGAGGCCCGACGGCCAGGGCGCCGGCGAAGACGGCCAGGGGUGUGACCCACUGGUUCAGACACCUCAUAGCCACCUACAGAGUCGCAAAGCCCAGAUCCAUCAGCAGAUCAACAAGGAGCGGCGCAUGCGGGCAGGUGCAGAGAACCUCUACAGGGCCACAAGCAACCCCCAGGUUCGAGAGACAGUAGCCUUGGAGCUGAGCUACGUCAAUUCCAGCCUGCAGCUACUAAAGGAAGAGCUGGAGGAGCUGAGUGGAGGGAUAGAUGCCGAGCUGCCAGAGAGUGAAGGAACCGUGGUCCCAAUGAUCCCCCUGGGACUGAAAGAGACCAAAGAGCUGGACUGGGCCACACCCCUAAAGGAGCUAAUCUCAGGGCACUUUGGAGAGGACAGCACAUCCUACGAGGCAGAAAUCAGGGAACUGGAGGACCUCCAGCAGGCCAUGCAGACCCCAAGCCGGAAUGAGGCCGGGCUGGAGCUGCUCACCACCUACUACACCCAGCUAGGCUUCCUGGAUGCACGCUUCAUGGCCCCCACCAGGAGCCUGGGGCUGCUCUUCCACUGGUAUGACUCACUGACUGGAGUCCCGGCCCAGCAGCGUGCCCUGGCCUUCGAGAAAGCCAGUGUGCUCUUCAAUAUCGGAGCCCUGCAUACCCAGAUAGGUGCACGCCAGAACCGCUCCUGCCCCGAGGGUGCCCGCCUCACCGUGGAGGCCUUCCAGCAGGCUGCGGGAGUCUUUAGCCUGCUGAGGGAGAACUUCUCCCAUGCACCAAGCCCUGACAUGAGCCCUGAGUGGCUCUCCAUGCUGAAGCAGCUCAUGACCGCCCAGGCCCAGGAGUGUGUCUUCGAGGGCCUUUCUCUGCUGGGCCCACCAGCCCCCCAUGACUGCCUGGCACACCUGCACCUGGCUCAAGAGGCUGCCCAGGUGGCAACCGAGUACAAGCUGGUGCACCAGACCAUGGUCCAGCCACCAGUCUGCGACUAUGUGCCUUUUGCCUGGACCACGUUGGUGCAUGUCAAGGCCGAGCACUUCCGUGCCCAGGCCCACUACCACGCCGCUGUGGCCCUCUGUGACAGCCCGGAGGCAACUGAGGGGGAGCUCCUGGCACUGAAGCAGAUCUUCAUCUGGCUGUCCGACCCAUUAGAGCUGCCCCCAGAGCUGGAGGAGCGCAGGAAGCUUGGCAAAGCCCACCUGAAGCGUGCCAUCCUGGGCCAGGAGGAGGCGCUGAGGCUUCAUGCCAUGUGUCGGGCACUGCGUGCUGUGGACCCUCUGCAGACUGUGCUGGCCCAAGUACUGCAAUGCUCCCUGGCCAAGUACUCAGAGCUUGACCUUGAGGAUGACUUCUGCGAGGUGGAGGAGGCCCCCGACAUCUGGCCCAAGACCCAGCAGAAGCCUGAGGUCAAGAUGCCCAGCUUCUCCCAGACAAAGGUGGCUGACAUCUUCCACCGGCUGGGGCCUCUGUCUGUUUUCUCAGUCAAGAACAGCUGGCAGCUGGUGGGACCUGUGCACAUGACCCGAGGCAAGGGGGGCUUUGGCUUCACGCUGCGGGGUGAUUCCCCUGUCCUCAUUGCUGCAGUCAUCCCAGGGAGCCAGGCCGCGGAGGCAAGCCUCAAGGAAGGUGACUACAUUGUUUCUCUGAAUGGGCAGCCAUGCAAGUGGUGGAAACACACGGAGGUGGUGGCACAGCUUCGGGGUGUGGGUGAUGAGGGGGUGAGCCUGCAGGUGGUCAGGCUGCUGCCCAGCCCCCAACCCAGCAUGGGUGACUGCCGCUCGGCCCUGGGGGCACUGCUGAAGAAUCAGAAGGAAUGUGGCUGGGAGACCCCGGUAUCUACACAGGCCAGCUCUAGGCCCCUCCUGGGCUGGAGCCACAAAGUCAGGCAGGCCAAGCCCCAAGGGAGGCAGGCCCCACCCCCACAGCCCUAAGGUGGGGCCCCCCUGCUCCCAUGGACUGGCUGGAGCCAGGAACCUAUUCCCCCAUCCUAAGGACCUGCAGGCCAGAUGUCCGCCUCCAACUGCCCAUUAAAGAGUGUUGUGGGCCAAGGAGUUAGCACAGCAGCUUGUGUAUAAGACUCAUGCCUGAGCCUCUGAGGCCCCAGGUUAAAUCUCCAGCACCACCAUUAGCCACAGUUGAGCAGUGCUCUGGUUAAGAAAAGACAAAAAGGUGCUCUGAUCUAGUGAACCAGAGCUGGGCAUCUGGCCUCCACCCAGGAAGGGACAUUUUGCUCUGGGGAGUGCACAGAGCUUACAUGUAUCCAGAUGUUCACAUGGCCUGGCCACUGCUUCCCAUCACUCUGGAGAUUGUGACUCUCUGCCCUUGCACCACCCCUGCCUCAUUCACACACUGAGCUGGCUCCACUCCACCAGACUUCUGAGGUCUCUCCAACACUCCCCAGGCUGGAAGGAGCUGGGCUUCUUCCCAGGCCUCCAGAUCUCUGUCCUACCUGAGCCUGUCCCCACAGCCUUCUGGGGAUCUGCAUCACCACCUCUCUCCAAGAGUCCCCAUCAACUCCCUCACCCAGAAGCCAGUAAGAGGAGCUCUUGGUCCUGAAGCCUGAGAGUGCAGGUUGGCCAGAGGUGUUGGGCCACCAGGGGGCAGCUGCUGUGCAUUCAAAUGGCUGUAGGAGGCAGAUGCAGGAGGGUGCAGCAGGAUACCCUCUCCCCACCUCUCUCUUCAGGCAUUGUCCCCAUCCCCUUUCUGAGGUUCCCCAGACAGGAACAACCCCCUGCCCUGCCCUCCUGAUUUCCUGUAGCUGGGAAGGUCCCAGGCAAGCAGUGAGGGGGCAGGGGAGUGUGUGUUGGGGAGACUUAGAGCUUGAGUGUGUCCUUCCAGGAAGAUCAGGGCAGAACCACCCCCAUCCUGGUGCCAGGGUCCAGACAUGUCCUUCUUGGGCGAAUGCCCUGCUCAGCAGAAUCACCAAGGUCACCUCCAACUACUAAUUUGAUUAAUAAAACUGUAUGUCAAAAAA